AUGGAGCGCCCUGAGGUACAGCUCCCCGAUUCCUCGCAAAGUGAUUCAACGGUGACGACUACGACACCAGACAUAAUUCCCUACGAAGAGCCCCAAAUUCGUGGUGCCCAUGGAGCUGAAAGUGUCUGUGUCAGCACCGUUGAAAUUGCCGAAGAAGAAGAAGGCGCCCAAUUUCCUGACAGCCAAGGCGGCGACAUUCCUGUCAGCCAAGACGCCCCAAUUCCUGUCAGCGAAGGCGCUGUAACUGAUGCCGACAAUGGAGCCCAAGCUGCUGCUGAAACUCCAGGAAAUUUGCCAGAAGGGAUCCAGGCGAGUACAACCCAGGAUGAACCUCCUCAUGAAGUUGAGAACCAGUUCAUACUGCGUCUGCCUUUGGAACAGGCUUAUGCUGUGAGGAGAUUAAUACAUUCUGGAAGUGUGGCCAUGAAGGAUAAACUAAAAAUUGACUUAUCUCCUGCCGAGCGUCGUGCAGUUGUUCAGGUGGAAGAUGUCUCACUAUCUGCUAAGCUAGUUGAUUUGCCCUGUGUUAUCGGAAGCCUGAAAAGUCUUGAUAAAAAAACCUUUUAUAAAACAGCAGAUGUUUCCCAGAUGCUUCUGUGCAGCGCUGAAGAUGAUACCCAUUCUUCUCCAGAAGAAGCAGUUACCUCUACUGAUCUUAAAACAGUCAAGAAAAAUGAAAAGGAGAGCCAGAAAAAAUAUCUCUGGAAGCAUGGCAUUACUCCACCACUUAAGAAUGUCAGGAAGAAAAGGUUCCGGAAAGUAACAAAAAAGCCCCUUGAUUGCAAACAAAUUGAAGAAAUCAACUUUACUGAGUUCACUGACUCUCCAGAUGUGGAAAAGGAAGUCAAGAGACUGCUGUGUUCAGAUGCUGAAGCUGUCUGUGCCCGAUGGGAAGUGAUUUCUGAAGAUGAAACCAAGGAAAUUGAAAGUCAAGGUUCCAUUCCAGGUUUUGUGUUAUCCCCAGGCUAUGAGCGGGGUCGUAUGCCAGAAUAUGAUAUGCUUCGGGAGAUGUUCAGUGAUACUAGUAGUAACAGUGACGAUGAGGAUGAAGAUGAGGAUGACGAUGACGACGACAACGAUGAUGAUGACAAUGAUGACAACGAUGACGAUGAUGAUGACGACGACGACGACGAUGAUGAAGAUGAUGAAGACGAGGAAGUAGAAGAGGAAGAAGAAUGUGAAGAAGAUCUGGAAAGGGAGCUACAGGCUAAGUUUCUUGAAUUUGGACAGUAUGAAGCAAAAGAAGGUGCCAGUUCAGUAGUCCUCGAAAUUCAGAAGCAGAUUCAUUAUGUGGAGAAAAGCCUCCGCGUGAUUCAGAGAAAAAUUCAAAGACAGAAUGAUCUCAUCAUGAAAGUGGAAAACCUGACCCUCAAGAAUCAUUUACAGUCUAUGCUGAAGCAGCUGAAGGUGCAGGAAAGUCAAAAAACUGAGCAGCUCACUGCCCUGCAAGAACAACUGAAGCAAUAUCUGAAGUGA